AUGGCGCCCGCCAAAAAUAAGCCAGCGAAAGAUGCAUCUCCUAGCCAAAGCGAGGAGGCCAGCCAGCGACCUUCUCAAGAAGCGUUACAUGUUGAUGAAGACGCUCUCGCACAGAUAGCACAGAUACAGAAUGCAAAGAUUGCAAAAUUGAAGGCGGAAGGAGAGGAGAGGAUUCGCAACAUUCGUAAAAAGCGAAUUCACAAGGUCCAGAAGAAGAUCAGCGAGUGUCAGCAGAGACACCAGGAGAGAUCCCGCGACCAAAUCCGUCCGAUGGUCGACCGUUUGCGUGAGCUUCUCAACAGGAAGCGCAGCCUAGAAGCACAACAGGACGAGCACUUUCAGCAAGUCACCUCGGCCAUGAAAGCCACCGUGGAACAGCUCAACGUAGCCAUCCAAGACCGAUGCGGCCAGCUAGCAGAGCGCGAUUGA